UAAACAAGAUUUGUGAUUAGGGGGCACUGGCGACAGGUUGACGGCUUCUAAUAAAUUCAAUCCAGUCCUGAUAAAUAUGCACCCAUAGCUCUAUAAAAGAUUCUGGUUGAAGAUGAUAAUGUACUAGAUAGAAUAUGGCUUCCAACAUAAUAUAUCUCCACGGAAAAGUGGUUGAUGAUGAAACAAUUUUAGUUCCAUUGUCGUCUGCUGCCCUUCUGUUUGUUGUUCAAUACUGCAGCCCUGAAUCAUUUAGUUUAAAAUUUUCAAAGAGAAAUUUGGAAGAAGGAAAAUGUUUUAAAAUCAGUUGUGAUAGUUUAGAUAAAACAGAGUAUGUGUUUGACAUCGAGGAUGAACAAGACUGUACACUUCCAGUUAUACGACAGAUAGAUGAUAUAUGGGUUAGAUCAGGGUUAUGUGGAACCAUAAGAUAUAUCGUGUCACAGGCACAUGAUGACAGACCGCAAGAGCAUCUAGACGAUCUUUUGGGAUUCAGAGGAGGUAGUUUGAAAGCUUGUGCUGAGGUCUCUGGUUGGACAAAAUUAUGUGAAGUAGAGCUACCAGAUACAGUUGCCCAACUUGUUAAUAAAAUAAGGAAUGAGGAGUCAACAAUAUAUUCUCUACCAGAGGACAUAAUGAAAUUAGAAUGGCAUUUCUUAAAACCAGCAAAAAUACACAAUGAUGAUAAAACCAAAAGACCUUUUCUAAAACAAAUUCAGAAAGAGGCUGAUAAUCUGGUAACUGAUGAAGAUGUGUCAGAGUUCCAGUACAACAGGGAAAUACACAAUCCACAUGGUGUGACAAAGUUUUAUGUUAAUGUAAACUCUGUAUCAGAAACAGUUCGUUCUGAAAAAAAGAACAAAAAUUUAGAAUUUGAAAAGAAGAAGAAGAAGAAAAGCAACUCUGUGAUAAAUGGUGGCAGUGAUGUGGAAAAUCUUCAGGACAAUAGCAGUGUUAAUAAUUUGAAAAAUUUGUUGAAGAAGAUGACUAUCGAUAAUCUUGAAUUUUCUCAUUUAUACUCUGAAGGGAUUACAAUUACAAUGGCCGACCUUAUACUUUAUACAAAUAUCUAUCAUUUAUUUGAAAGUUUAGAUUUUAAAAUAGUUUCAGUACAGCACCAUUUACAACAUAUUAUCACAUGGUUUGAUCACAUGACCAGCCUUCCCAGAGUUCAUCAGACAGCCAUUCAGUGUGGAUACAAACUUGGGAAGCUUACACAGAACAGAAACAUGACUAGUCCGAUAGAGUUUACUGUUGAAGAAGGCCUAUUUGAAAAGAUAAAUGAGGAUGAAAUGGAAUUAAGUCGUAGGUGUAGAGGAAAAUACAGACCAAUUAAACCAGAUGUAUGGAGUGCCUUAGAUAAAGUUGUGAAAGGUGAAAUCAAGAUUGAAACGGGAAGACACCCAAGGGGAGAUAAUACAGCUAUUUUAUGGUCUGAAGUACCAGAAGGUGUUGAUCCUGGGUUAGAUCUACCAAAGAAACGAUUGCUAAGGAAAUGUGAGCAGCUAGAAAACUUAGUGACAGCAGUAUUAGAGCUGGCUAAGCCUGGGGAUGUGAUUGUAGAUUUUUGCAGUGGUGGGGGUCACCUUGGAAUUGCAGUUGCUCAUUUCCUUCCUGAAUGCACAGUAUACCUAAUAGAGAAUAAGGAAGAAUCUUUGAUAAGAGCCAAACAAAGAAUUGAUAAACUGAACAUGAAGAACGUUGUUAUUUACCAGUGUAACCAGGAUUAUUUUAGAGGAAAGUUUGACAUAGGAAUGUGUCUACAUGCUUGUGGAGUGGCUACUGAUAUGGUGUUGAAACAGUGUUUACAAAACAAUGCUUCAUUUGUUAUCUGCCCUUGUUGCUAUGGUGGCAUACAAAACACUCAUCUAAUGACUUAUCCAACAAGCAGAUAUUACAAGGAUUCUGGGAUAGUGUAUAAGGAUUUUUUAACCUUAGGACAUGCAGCAGAUCAGACAGAAUUUAAUCUGGUAUUAGAAGAACAAGGUAAAUAUUGUGCCAACCUUGUGGACACAGACAGAGCAGCGUUAGCUAAAGAACAUGGGUACAAAGUGACUCUGUGUUCUCUCAAUCCAUUAACAUGUACACCUAAAAACAAUUUGUUAAUUGGUAUAGCACCUGAACAGAAAAGUGAACCAUCCUGACAAUAAGUUCAAUAAAUAUUUUAUGUAUCA